AUGAAGUCAAGCGCCCUAUUCAUUAUGAUCGCCACUACCGCUCUUGCAGUUGCAGGACCAGUCGGACUCGAGUCUGGCGCUCGGAUGCCGUAUCACAGCCGAUGGGCAAAAAGAGACCCCGUCGCCGAAGCGCACGCGGACGCAGAUCUAUAUAGCGGGUGGCAAGCGAAGAGGGAUGCUGUCGCGGAUAAGGAUGCGGCCCACACGGACGCAGGUCUAUAUGGCGGGUGGCCAGCGAAGAGGGAUGCUGUCGCGGAUAAGGAUGCGGCCCACACGGACGCAGGUCUAUAUGGCGGGUGGCCAGCGAAGAGGGAUGCUGUCGCGGAUAAGGAUGCGGCCCACACGGACGCAGGUCUAUAUGGCGGGUGGCCAGCGAAGAGGGAUGCUGUCGCGGAUAAGGAUGCGGCCCACACGGACGCAGGUCUAUAUGGCGGGUGGCCAGCGAAGAGGGAUGCUGUCGCGGAUAAGGAUGCGGCCCACACGGACGCAGGUCUAUAUGGCGGGUGGCCAGCGAAGAGGGAUGCUGUCGCGGAUAAGGAUGCGGCCCACACGGACGCAGGUCUAUAUGGCGGGUGGCCAGCGAAGAGGGAUGCUGUCGCGGAUAAGGAUGCGGCCCACACGGACGCAGGUCUAUAUGGCGGGUGGCCAGCGAAGAGGGAUGCUGUCGCGGAUAAGGAUGCGGCCCACACGGACGCAGGUCUAUAUGGCGGGUGGCCAGCGAAGAGGGAUGCUGUCGCGGAUAAGGAUGCGGCCCACACGGACGCAGGUCUCUAUGGCGGGUGGCCAGCGAAGAGGGAUGCUGUCGCGGAUAAGGAUGCGGCCCACACGGACGCAGGUCUAUAUGGCGGGUGGCCAGCGAAGAGGGAUGCUGUCGCGGAUAAGGAUGCGGCCCACACGGACGCAGGUCUAUAUGGCGGGUGGCCAGCGAAGAGGGAUGCUGUCGCGGAUAAGGAUGCGGCCCACACGGACGCAGGUCUGUAUGGCGGGUGGUCAUAA